AUGCAGGUGUCGCUGCCGAACAUCAGCAUCGCGGCGGACCCUCAGUGCAGCGGCGCGGGGGUGCAUGCGUCCCUGACCGGCGGGAAGUUCUGCGGCUGCGACAAGGGCAAGGCAACGAACUGGAAGCCGGCGCUGACGGAGGCUCAGAAAGUGGUGGACGCGGAGCUGGCGCCCCUCAUCUCCGAGCUCCAGCAGAGCAUCCGCCAGCUGCAGGAGGAGAUGGGCGCCGAGGUGGAUGCCUCCUCAGUGGCCAAGUUCCAGCCGAAGGUCACCGCGUUCCCUCGGCGCUUGGGCGAAGGGGUGUGGGCUUGCUGCUGCCAGAGCGGUGCCGCCGGCAAGUGCAGGAGCAACGCGGAGAUGUCCGGCCGCAAGUCCGCCCACCACGAGGCGCCGGCCAGCGCCUGCCAGUGA